CUCUGAAGCAAGUAUUUGAAAACAAAUAACAAAAGAAAACAGAAGAAUUUAAAUUUCAACCGUCAGUUCGCAACUAGUUGGAGAUCGGUGAAAAAGUACCAAAAUGUCUUCGGAAGAUCCAAGUUUGUGCAUGAAACUGAAGGGCCACAAAAAACCCGUAACCGACAUCGCCUUCAACCCCAAGAGCAAUGAGUUUGCGAGUAGCAGCAGGGAUAAUUCGAUAAUGAUAUGGCACGGUCAACAGAACAUGAGAAGUUACAAUUUCACUGGUCACACCGCUUCCGUCACGUCGCUUGAAUACUCCACUAAUGGUAAAUUACUGGUGUCAGCCUCAGAUGAUCACACUGUUCGAGUGUGGGUUCCAACAAUUAAAGGCGGCAGUGCAGAGUUUAAACCCCACAUGUCAGCUGUUAAAACCGUAUCGUUCUCGCCGGACAGCAGUAAAAUAAUCACCGGGUCGAACGACAAGUCGUUAAAACUGUGGGAUACAUCAACUCAGAGAUUCAUAAGGUCAUUCGUGGGACACAACAACAGGGUAAGAUGCGCCAAAUUUUCGGAAGAUGGCAAGCUUCUCGUAUCAGCAGCCGACGACAAAACACUACGAGUUUGGGACCCAAGAACCAGCCAACCUGUACAAGUAUUUACCAUUACCAAAAGUAGUCCAGUUUACCUUUCCAUGCACCAGAAUAGCAACACGAUUGCUGCUGCCAUGGAUUCUGGUUCAGUGCGUCUGUACGACAUCAAAGGUAAGAAACUGAAUCAACACUACACACUACACAAAGAAACGACUUGUGUGCAUUGGCACCCUGAGGCAAACUAUUUAAUAACCAGUGGGAGUGAAGGAAAGUUAGUUAUUUUGGAUGUCAUGGAGGGUAGACCAUUGUACACAUUAAGUGGACAUACUGGGGAAGUAAACACCGUCAAAUUUAGUGGUGAUGGCAACUAUUUUGCAUCUGGUGGCACUGACAAUUUAGUGUUAGUGUGGAAGACAAACUUUAUUAGUAAUUGAUUAAAAAAAUGUCUUGUACAGUCUUUUAUAAUGUUUAUUUAUUUAUUGUAUGUUUUUAUUAAAUUUUUAAUAUACA